AAGGCCUGUGGGCCGAAGCCAGCAGGCAAGUGCCAGGAUACAAGGGGCGCUGACCUCACGCUCCUGUGAGCCUCUCGCAGAUGCCAGGCGCCAGGCUGAGUUCCAGGACUUUCCCGUCUGGCUACCCCAAGUGAUAUAUGGCUCAGACUCGGGGCCUGCAGGAAUUCCAUCAAUGAGGCUUGAAUUUAGCCAACCGAGCAUAAGGUAGAGGUCAAGGGUCUUGGUGUGGAGCUAGGCUUUAACUCCCAAUUUUGCCUCAGCCUUCUGAAUACUGGGAUUACAGACAUGUGUCACCACACCUGGUAAGAGUUUUACUUAAUCAUUAUUAUUUUAAUUGCACACAUUUAAUACAUAUAGUGUGUAUUACACAUAAAUAACAUGUAACCAUCAACUCAGGUUGAUUAAUUGUCCAUGUCCUCAUCAUUGUGUGAAACUGUGUGAAAUUUCCCAGAGUUUUUUUUUCCAAUAUGUCAAGUAGGCUAUUGUAACCCACUGUGCUAUAGAUUUACUGUUUGUAACUCCUGGUGUUUUGGUGUUUGCUAUUCAACUUCCCACUUUCCCACUGUUACUAUUAUACAUUCAACUUAUUGUGUGUGUGUGUGUGUGUGUGUGUGUGUGUGUGUGUGUGGUAGAGGUGUCUACACUUCUGUAUGGGUUGUGUUUGCCUGUGCGUGCACGUGUGCAAGCCAGAGUUCAGCUCAUCUUCCUCUACCAUUCUUCAUCUUAGCCUUGUAAACAAAGUCUUUCAUAGAACCUGGAGAUUGCUGUUUUACUAACACUGACAGGGUGGAGUCCCUGGGAUCUGCCGCUCUCCUCCACCCCACACACAUUAGAAUUACAUGUGUGCGCCAUCACCUCCAACUUUCCUUGGGUAAUGGGGAUCCAGCUCAGGUUCUGUUGCUUGUAACCAUUCAGCCAUCUUUCCAGCCCCAGGAUUUUUAAUUAAAAAAAAAAAAAACAUGCAUAGAGAAGACCACAAGGUAUUUGCUCCUUUAUGUUGGUUUAUUUUAGCUAAUGUGAUGUCUUCUAGUAGUUUUGAUGCAGGUGGUAGGAUAUGAUUUUAUUAAUAUUUCUUGUUAUUAUUAUUAAUUAUGUGCAGGUGUGUGUAUCCUCACUGCUGUGAUGUUCUGUCCAAGCUCACAGGGUCAGGUAACCAUGGAUUUAACCCUCUGAAAUUGUGAAACCAAGCUAAUGCUUCAGUAUCUUUAUGUUGUUUAUGUCUAGUUCCCACAGCAAAGUCUCAUUAACCCAUCAGUUCUUCCCCUGAUGGGCACCUGUGCUGAUUCUGCACACCUGAGCUGGAUCCAGCAGAAAAUGCUUACAGCUUGUGAACUUGGACUUGUCCCGAUAUACUGAUUUCACUUUCUUUGGUUCCACCCAGAGAUGGGAUAGCAGGAUCAUGGGCUAGAUUUACUUUUCUGAACCUUCCAUGCCGUUCUCCACAAUGGCUCGACAUUCCAAGGGAAUAACAAGUUUCCGUUUCUUCACCUGCACUCCAUUAGUCAUUUGUUUUGUUUACCUCUAUUUUGGUUCCUGUUAUCAAAUUUUCUCUACUGCCCUUUCCGUCACUGCUUCCCAGCCCCAUUGCGGCCUCAGUUCUACUGUGUUAUACUGAGUUUAGCAUUUGGGUGAGAUCAUGCAGUCUUUGUGUCCUCCUUAUGCCAGAGUUAUUUAACUUAAUACAGUUUCUUCUGAAGAUUUUAUUUUUUAUUUCAUUUCAUAUAUUUAUUUCACUUUGUUUUUUGAGACAGGGAUUCUCUGUGUGGUCCUAGCUGUCCUGGAACUUGCUCUGUAGACCAGACUGAUCUCUAACUUAGAGAGUUGCCUUCCUCUACUGCCAGAGUACUGAUUAAAAAUGUGCACCACUACACCUGAUUGAAAUUUUUAUUUUUUUAUUUUUAUUGCUUUUUUUAAAUUUAUGGGAGGUCAGAGGACAAUUUUGGUGAAUUAGUUCUUCCAUCACGUGGGUCCUAGGACUCGAACUCAGAUCUUCAGUUUGGCAGUAGGUGCCUUUAUCUGCUGAGGUGGCUCGGCUGCUCUGCUCUCUGGGGUUUUGUUUAUUUGUUUUGUUUUGAUUUUUCAAGAAAGGGUUUCUCUGUGUACUAGCUCUGACUGUCACAGAACUCAGUUUUUAGUCGAGGCUGGCCUUGAACUCACAGAGAUUUGCCUGCUUCUGCCUCCCCGAGUGAUGGGAUUAAAGGCAAGCACCACCACUACCUAGCCUGCUUUCUGAGUUUUGAUGCAAGGUGUUCUUUGUGUUUUUUUUUGGGGGGGGGGCAAUUAGAAUUGAUCCCAGAGCCUCACACAAGCUAGACAAUGGUUGUAUUACUGGACUAUGCCCUCAGCCCUGCUUUCUUAAUCUUAAAUAUUUCCAUCACAGAGAAAUGAAACUUGAGGUUGUUUAAAAUGUUAAUCUUGAAUCAAAGGGCAACGUCAGAGACUAGCUGACUGAUAUUAGCCAUUGAGAAGCCAGGAUAUGGAUAGAGGAGACUCACAAGAAGGAAUAGGGAGGGCUGGAGGGAUGGCUCAGAGGUUAAGAGCAUUGCCUGCUCUUCCAAAGGUCCUGAGUUCAAUUCCCAGCAACCACAUGGUGGCUCACAACCAUCUGUAAUGGUGUCUGGUGCCCUCUUCUGGCCUGCAGGCAUACACACAGACAGAAUAUUGUAUACAUAACAAAUAAAUAAAUAUUUAAAAAAAAAAGAAAAAAAAAGAAGGAAUAGGGAGGGACUUGGAGAUUUUAGGUUCUCUUUAAUCUGGGAAGUAUGGAGAGAAGGUCAACCAGUCCCCAUUCAGCCACAUCUUUGAUCUGUCAGGUUUUCACCCUGAUAUUGACUCCCGAGACUUUAUUGAUAAUAGCAUAGCUUAGAUAAAGACAUCAUUUAGUUGAGUUGACAACCAAGAACAGCCAUCACAGAGGUAAGUGGCACUUACUCUGAUUUUGUCAGGAUAAAUUAUAUACACAUAUCAAAAUAUCAUGUGAGAACCCAAACAUAUAAUUACAUCAAUUAAAAUUUUUAAAAAUAAAAAGGAAAAGGAGGAAACCUAUUGUUUCUUUAGAUGGAGAAGCCUGCUUAGGAGUUGACAAAUUAUUUUUAACCUGGAAAACAUCUGAAUUUUAAAAACUACUUAAGUUUGGCUGAGGAGGACAGGCUGCCACCAGCUCCUCCUCCCUGAUAUUCUUAGCCAGCUCUUCCCUCUCAGGGAAGCACUGUGUAACUGUGAGAGUGCUCUUCCUUGGCCUUGUUACUUCUCAGAUUUUUUUGUCUAGAUGAGAAAAUGUUCUUUGGGUCAAUGCCAACUUGAGCCAUCUGUAGCACCACCACCUUGUCCCCCUGACAUUCUGUGUGCAGGCUGCAGAACUGCUUCUUAGGAGCUGAGUGCAUUCUCGGCCAAGGUCAACCACAGUCGUCUGUGGUGUCUGUGGUAGCUCCAGAGGUGAGGGUCCAGGGAUGCUUUGGGAACUGCUGCUGAGUGCAUGGGCAGUGCUGCCCCACAAUCAAGCCUGGGGUACUUGAGCAGGUGGCAGACUUUUGACUGUUUGUUUCAGUCAUCUUGGAAGGGAGCCUGGCAACCGGUUGGGUCUUAAAUAGAUUUGCUUCCUGUCUGUGUUAUAUCCAGGUCAGUAUCCUGCCCAGAGCAGGACUAUUUAGGGGACAGAAAUGUAUUUUUUUUAAUAAAAAAAAAAGUUCAGAAAAGAAACCAAAUGAUACUGGCCCUCUUGUUUGUAAGGAGUUAUUUUAUCUAUUUGCCCUGUGGGAAAAGAAAAUCAAGACAUUGGAAAUGUGUGUAGGCUCUUUAAAAGAGUGGCACAAUUGGGACUGUUCUCCAGGUUCUGACACUGUAUCAGUGAAAAACAGAUGCCCCUUGGCAUCCAUGGGGAUUGCUUUCAGUGGCUCCUGCAGAAACUAAAAAUUUGUGGAUGUCCCAGCCUUCCUACAAAACAGCAUAGUGUUUGCACAAGACCUGCACAUGCCCCUUUAUACUUUUCAUUGCCCUUCCUCUCUUAAAAUACCUAAUAAAACACAAAUCUCGAUAAAAAUAUUCUUUAGUCUCUAUUUUUCAGGGACAUGAUUGGUCCAGACCGAGUUGCUCUUUAGGAGUUGUCUACUCAUACUUGAGUGAAUUCAGAGACACAGAACUCACGGGUGACAGAUGGCCACUGCUCUGCUAGUGUUAAGUCCUGGGCGUUCCCGGAAACAGUAAGGAGCCCUGAAGCAGUUCCACCUUUACAUUCCCCAGUGCAGGCUUCCUUUUCUUAUUGAAACAGUGGACACAACUGACGUCAAUAUGAGCCCUGAUGUCCCUUAAGCUACAAAGGCAAAGUAUCUGUGCAAUUUGUAAUUUAAAUUUCCUAAGCAUCUACAGUACUUGAGAUGUGAAAUGUAACCUAGCAAAAGCUCUUACGUUAAAGGCUUUGUUGCCAUCUGAUAAGCUUUGAGGGCUGCAACCUCAGUGGAUUAUUCCAUGGACGGACUAAGAAUUAGAUGGCAUGGUUGGGAGGUAAUGAAAAACCAUGAGGUGAAGUUUAAUUUGAGGAAGUAUAUUAGGGAGAGAGGAUGCCCUAGAAGAGGCUUAUUUUAUUUUUGCCUGUGUUCUGGUAGCCACAAGGUAUCUAGUCAUAGUAAUGAAAAGCCAGAACAUCAUCCUAUGAGAUACUUACUUUGCUGAUUGUGUGCUAGAAUUACAGUUAAGAAAAGUGAAGCUAAGAAGAUGAAGCAACCGGCCAAGCAGCAAUGGAAAGGAUUGUUUUUUCCUCAGUUGCAUGCCCUUCUCGGCAGCUCUCCUGCACCUUCCAGAGUCCCCUAACUGAGACCAGGACUCACAAGCCUUCAUGUGCAGUGCAGGUGAAGCUGUCUCCCAGGAAAGCCUGUCCGGUGAGACGGCCGCAGAAGAGCGCGGGGACGGUUGCUGCACUCCUACCCUGGCAUCAGUAUAGACACGUAGCUGCGAAAGCUACAGAGAUGGAGGCCAGAGGCCUGAGGAUGCCCUUGCUGCUCUUGCUGGUGGCCGUAGUUGUUAUGGCCAAGGUGAAUCACGUCCAAAGGUGGGGAGGCUUCAAGGAGAAGGCCUCAAGCAAGAAAAACAUGAACUCCACGCUCCAUUUCUUCAUCCAGUCCUACAACAAUGCGAGCAACGACACCUACUUGUUUCGAGUUCAGAAGCUAAUCCAAAGUCAGAUGCAGCUGAGCACAGGAGUGGAGUAUUUAGUCACAGUCAAGAUUGGCAGGACCAAAUGCAAGAAAAGCGAGGCAAGCAAUGUUUCCUGUCCUCUGCAAAGCAGCAAGCUGAAAAAGAGCCUGAUUUGCACGUCACUGAUAUACACCGUGCCCUGGGUGAACUACUACCAGCUCUGGAACAAUUCCUGCCAGGAUAGCAAAGUGCCCAUAUAAAGAGCCCUGAUGACACCGAG